AUGAGUCGCGAUAAUGUCUUGACCGCAGCGGCGGUUGAGCGACUGAUCGCCGACGGUCAAACAAUUGUUGUUUUCGAAGAGUCGAUCCUCAAGCUCGAUGGUUGGAUGGAGAGACAUCCUGGUGGUCGAUUGGCUGUCCUGCACAUGGUUGGCCGCGAUGCGACAGACGAAAUGAAAGCUUACCACUCCGAGUCGACACUACGAACAAUGAAGGCCUAUCGGAUUGGCCGGAAGCAAGGCCCUUGGACGAACCGCACACCACCAAUUAGAGGUGGCAUCUUUCGCAAAGACGCCCCCGAAGAGGUCGAAUUGUCCGAUUCCGCUUGUUCAGACACUGAAGAGAGUCUUGCCAACAGCAGCAUUCUUGACGACGCAGCCAGUUCUGCUUCCUCCGCCACCGACGAUGUCGUAGUUAGCGGAGGAGAUGAUAUCCUCAAGGUUGAGGGCCUCAGACACCGAUCCGCUACCAUCAAGAGCGAGCCCAACAGCAAGCGAUCCGCCAUCCUCAGGGUCGCAAACGCUGGUGUUGCGCGUGAGAUCCAGACUGACCUGGAAAACUACCCCCCACCUGAGGAUACCAAGGUGCAAACCGACAUUAGACGCAAGUACCAGCUGCUUCACGACAGAAUCCGAGAUGAGGGCUUGUACCAGUGUCCUUAUGUCGAGUACGGAAAGGAGUUGGCUCGCUACACCACCUUGUUCGCUCUCUUUGGUACUUUGUUCUACAACCAGUGGUACAUCACUUCUGCUAUCUUCCUGGGAUUGUUCUGGCAUCAAAUCAUGUUUUCAGCACACGAUGCUGGCCAUCUCGCCAUCACAUCCAACUUUGUAGCUGACACCUUGAUUGGUAUGUUCGUUGCCGAUUUCUGCUGUGGUCUUUCCAUCGGUUGGUGGAAGAGCAGCCACAACGUUCACCAUCUGGUCACAAACGCACCUGAGCAUGAUCCCGAUAUUCAGAACGUCCCUCUCUUCGCCACAUGCCCUUCUUUCUUCAAGUCUCUCCACUCGACCUACUACGAUUUCACCUUUAUCUGGGACGCCGCCGCCGAUUUCCUCGUCCCCUUCCAGAAGUACACCUACUACCCCGUCAUGGGCAUUGCGCGAUUCAACCUGUACCUCCUCUCGUGGCUGCACGUUUUGUCUAAGAAGUCGUCUCAGCUUGGAAAGAGCCGCGCCUGGUGGAUCCGACCUACUGAGAUCGCCUUUAUGUGCUGCUACUGGUUCCUCUUCGGCUACUGUCUUCUCUGGCGCAGCCUUCCCGACUGGACCACCCGUGUUCUCUUCGUGCUCGUCUCGCACAUCAUCACCAUGCCUCUCCACGUCCAGAUCACCCUUUCUCACUGGGGAAUGUCCACUGUCGACCUUGGCGAGACCGAAUCCUUUGCUCAGCGCCAGCUCCGAACCACCAUGGAUGUCGACUGCCCUGCAUGGAUGGACUUUGUUCACGGAGGUCUUCAGUUCCAGGCUGUCCACCAUCUCUUCCCCCGUCUGCCGCGCCACAACCUUCGCAAGGCUCAGCAAAUGAUCCGCGAGUUCUGCGCCGACACUGGUGUUCCUUACUCCAUCCUUAACUUCACCGACGGAAACCGAAAGGUUCUCGGUCGUCUUCAGGAUGUGAGUGACCAGCUUGACAUUAUGAUCAAGUGCCAGCAACACAUGGCCCGAACUGGAGAGAGUGGUCUACACUAG